AUGAGAGAUCAAAUAGACCUGCUGGCCACAGUCACAGUUCUGGGGGUCCUGGAGCAAGCCUAUUUUGCAAUGCAGGUGAUCUACGCCCGUCGGAAGUACAAGAUUUCCCCUCCUGAAACAACAGGUCACCCUGAAUUUGAGAGGACCUUCAGAGCUCAGGCAAACUGCUCAGAGUACUUCCCAAUCUUCAUUUCCCUCCUCUGGGUUGCUGGAAUCUUCUUCCAUCAAGGUGUGACUGCAGCGUGUGGGCUGCUGUACCUCUACACCCGCCUCAGGUACUUCCAGGGCUACGCCGGGGCUGCCCAGGGACGGUUGGGACCACUGUAUGCCAGUGCCUGGCUGCUCUGGGUGCUGCUGGGGCUGGCACUGGCUGGGCUCCUGGCACACUUCCUGAGGCCCAGCUCCUCCACAUGGAUGGCAGCACUGGUGUGGCCUCUCCAGCUCCGUGGUGCCUGGUGAGAGGGGCCACAGCUCCCCCAAAACCCACUCUUUGUCCCUGCACAGGGGAGCCAGUCAUGUGGCACCACCAGAGAGAAUAUUUCCCUGGCUCUGCAUUCCCUGCUGAAGGGAGAUGGAUGCUGGCACUCCUCUGCUCUUCGGAGAUAAUUUCCCUUCUAGAAAGCAAAUGCUUUCCAGCCCCUGCCCCUGCUGGGGAGCUUCACUGCUGGGCUUUGUAGCACUGUCUG